AUGCGUCCACUUUUGGUAUACGUGACGCGGUUUAUAGGAGGAUGUAUUAAUUGCUCAGGUACGUUUAGCAGGAUAAUUCUGGAAAUACGAUAUCACAGGAACUAGAAUAAUAAUAAUAAUAAUAAUAAUAAUAAUAAUAAAUACUUAGGGCGCUAUGGACUUCAGUUUUUAGGUUUUUGGUUUUUCUCUAGAAAUCUAGAAACACAAGCUUGCUGACGUUUUUACUUAGAUUUUUUAGAACAUUAGAGUGUGAUAUUAUUAUAAAUAUGUUUUUAGUAGAGAUAGCGAAGGUUUUACAGAGUAUCAGAAUUUAAUAAUAUUCUAAAUUGGCUUUUUAAGUAGAGAGACUUAUAUCACUAUGUAUUUUAGGAUUGUAUUCGUAUCGACCAUUUUUACUUCUAAGUAUAGCUUCUCAAAGUGGUGUAGGUUACUAUGCGCCCUAUACUACUCAUAAUGUGGACAGCAUUCCAAAGUUUCAUACUGCGACAUAAUAAUAAUAAUAAUAAUAAUAAUAAUAAUAAUAAUAAUAAUAAUAAUAAUAAUAAUAAUAAUAAUAAUAAUAAUAAUAAUAAUAAGCUCCCUCCUGAACAAGAGUGGCUAUGGGUACAACACCCCCAUGGAAAGAUCAGCCACCUCUUCACAUGGAUGACCUGAAGACCUACGCAAAAAGUGACGACGAACAAACGGGCCUGUUGAAAGCCAUCAAAUCUUUCAGUGACGACAUAGGCAUGGAGUUCGGAUUGGACAAGUGCGCCAAGGCCACCUUCAAGAAAAGGGCAACUAGGCCGACUCUAGUAACAUCAAGCUCGACGUCAACACCAUCAUACAGGACUUAGAACAGUAAGGUACCUACAAGUGCCUCGGAGUAAGCGAGGGAGACGGAGUCCAGCACUCUCAGAUGAAAGAGAAGAUCCGGAAGAGUACUACCGGGAUCGGAUGGAACUCCGCAAACAAACUGAAAGCCAUCAACACCUGGGCAGUACCAGUGGUAACUUACAGUUUUAACGUCACAAACUGGACAUUACAAGAAAUGGCCAAACUUGAUACAAAAGGUUAGAAAGUUCCCAGACCGUGUACAAGAUGCACCACCCCAAUCUGACGUGGACAGGCUUUACCUGCCCAGAAUGGAAGAGGUACAGGGGGGCUUACAGCUGGAGCUUUCCUACAAGUCAACCACUAUCGGUCUUGAUAAAUACCUCCAGGAGACACAGGAAACCCUUCUCCACUUUGUUAAAGACCAUGACGACAGGAACUUCUUGUACUCUAUCAACAGACAUCAUCUGGUUAUGUAAUAUAUUCCCAAAAAGAACAAAGGGUACCAAGGAAAGUGAAAAUAAGGCGGUAAAGAGCCCCAGCUUUAACACAGACUUUCCUAAACACUUCUUUGACGUGACAAAUAAGUUAAAUCUUAAUCUAAAUCAACACCUAUGAUCUAACUACCUUUACUACUCGAUACAGUUUCUGACAUCAUUUUGGCAGGUUCUGUUCAUUUCUUUGUGACAACUUUAGUGGGAAAAAAAAAACUAUCCAAGAAAGUUUGGUUAAAUUAUUAUGACCCCAUGACCACAUUUCGAAACCAUAGAAACCUAUUGUCACCAUAUCUUGGUAAAAAGAAAUAAACAAACAGCUACGAUCGAAAAACUGGCACAAACGGUUUGACAAAAAGUCGGAGAAAGAAGCUUAAUUAAUAAACGUUACUAAACUGCAUUCAGUGGGUACAUAUCAUGAAGAUGUAGCUUGCAAAAAGAUACAUUUAUUACUGACUUCAUUGUUUUCAGAUAAAAAGGCAGCCUGUGCAAUUAUAAGUGGCUACAUUAAAUCACGCAGGAGUGGUCUCUUGCUGACAUGUGAUAUCCAAUGUUGCACAAGUAACAACUGUAACGAUGCAGGUAAUGUAUGACGCGUUUCGAUCCGGGGAACCCUAUUUUAGCCUAUGCAAAGAGGAUCCCCCCAAAAAAGGAGAAAAGAAAGGAAAUCUGCCAUUUCAGUCUGUAAAAAGGCCCAAAAGGACUGAAAGAUGCAUUUUAAGGCAAGAAAAAUGCUCAAAACGACGAACCCUUAUAUGGUUAAAUGAAGGACAAUGUCAUUUUUAACUCAGCUUGUACUCCGGUCCACUUAUUAACAGUUUCAAGUCAAAGGUCUCUCCCAACUAAAUUAAUUAAAUUUAAAAAGGUGGUCUUGAAGACACUAGAGUAUCCCCACCACCAAAAAACUGAGCUAACUGAGCUCGUCGAAAGGUUCAUUCUUGCCUCUUUUCGCUGAUAUGUCAGGUAAUAUGAACUUUUUUCCUCACAGCUGCCGGUCUACCGACAUGUACUCAUUGCUUGAUACUUGCUCAACAAGGAUCCUCCCAAGCCUGUUCCCUAAAUCCAAGUUUUGGUUCGCUUGGGACGACUCAUUGUGGCUCUGUAGUAGGUAGUUAUCGGGAUGGCUCCGGAAAUGUUAAGGAUUUGGCAUAUCGAGGAUGUUUUGACUGCGCUGGUAAGUUAACAACCAGUUUUCACCACACUGAGGCUUAGGGCCAAGGCUCUCUCCUGGGAACGAGGUCGUCGAAUCAAGUCACUAAGCAGUUUGACGUCAUAGAACUUUUCAUGUAUUUACAAUGUUACUAUUACAAUUAGUUUUGUUCUCGAACUUUCGCUGGUUAACUUAAACGCAGGUGUAUUUUCACCUUAUUUUCUCCAACCCCGACUUUAGGGUAACAUUUGCAAAAAAGCGAGCACCUAAAGGCGUUUUGAAGAGCCAAUUUUGUAGUUUUCCCUAAUGGUGAGAGUGUAGAGCCGGGUUUUAAGCCACGCUUUACCAGCUGUGUGAUUUGCCCAUGCGUGAUUCUUGUUAGGGACAAGCCAUUACAAGAAUUUGCCCAUAAAUCGGGCUUAAAAGUUAAAAACGACUUAUUAAAAGUGAUGCCCCGGUUGUUCAAAGUUAAAAAAAACUGAUUGCGUUAUCCGCUGGAUAGUUAUUUAUCCAGUUGAUAGCGCUGUCCACCUUUCCAGAAUUUCAGUUUUCGAGGUUCUCUUUCAAUCCGUUAGGUUGCUCAUGCAACUUGCAAGGAUCACAUCCAAAGUUAAGAACAAUCCUGACAGAAUCUCCUUAAGCAUUUUAGAAGGACGAAAGAAGGGAAAAUUUCUCAAAUUAAGCUACACGACACUGGUAUUGUUGAUAUCGUUGCUUUCAAAGAGAAGUUCUGCAGCGCACGCUGCAUUAAAAAUCUUGCACUUCAGAGAGCCAGUUUACGUCGGUAGGUGUCUACAUUCUUAUCGCCACCUUAAGAAAACCAAGUGACAUUUCUUUAUCAGAUAAAAAAGCGGCUUGUUUUGCUCUUGGUGGUUAUUUGAAAAUGGCAAGAUCAUUGACUUUGUUGGAAUGUGAGAUCGACUGCUGCACUGGGAAGAACUGCAACACACAAAUACCGACCGGAUCGCCAUCAGCCAAUGCAGUCAAAGUAUUUACAACAGCAGGUAAUUAGACGAAGGUUGUUCUAUUCUUCAAGUAUCGUAUUAGAGAAAAAAGGAGGUAGAGGUGAAUACUAAACGCAUUAUUCAAUUUAUUCAAAGGCAUUCCAUCUCGUUAAUGGAGGACAGAGUUUCGCAGGUUAAGCGGUUUAAUUUUAAGUGAGUUUGGCCUUUUUUUGGAAGUGUAUUUUUCAAGUGCGUUUGUUGUUCACUUCUACCAUGCCACUACUAACUAGAAAUACGUGAAUCGCAGAGCGAAGCAAAGGCUAAAGGCCAGAAGUAAGAAGAAAGGGAAAAAGCCGAUAGGGAAAGGAAACUUUAUUUAUAAAUAUAAAAAAACAAAACAACAACGAAAAAAAAAAUAAAAUAAAGAAGGAGAGAGGUAGAAGAUCAGGAAUCGAACCUCGCGCCUCCAGAUUGGCGCGAUUUCUCCUUUACCACUGCUCUACUGAGGAUCACGAUAUAAGCACUAGUAAAAGUAUUUGAUGUAAACCCUUUUCCAUGAAACUUCCUCCGGCAAAGGCAGUUUAAAGCUUAACGAGCCGUAUUAAACACGAAUUCAAAGAUAUAUUUCAGGAAAAUAACCGAAAUAUUGACAGUCCAAAACGAAUUUUGUCUACGGAGUAGGACGCAAAACAUGUUUUCUUUUCCCGAUUUCCGCUGUUAUUUUGAAGUUAAUGGUCCAAAUCACAUCCAUUUUCUGUUAAAGGUACGAAAUUUAUCACCAAUGGCAUUUCUUGUCCUCCUCAAUGGCGGCUAAAGCAACCGGGCAAGUUUUGUGGCGGUUUUGUUUACACGCUGCCUUGUUGCUAGGCACCUGCGUUCGCCCAAACCGAUAGAGAGAGAGAGAGAGAGAGAGAGAGAGAGAGAGAGAGAGAGAGAGAGAGAUUUUUGACCAAAGCAAGAUCACGCGUCGCUUAGCGAUUGUUGUGCGCGUUGCCGCGCGCUGCAGGCGCUACAAAUUUAUAAACUCGUUUCGCUCGCGGACUUACGGCCACUCGCUUCGCGAGAAUAACAACAAUAAUAAUGAUAACCAUGAUAAUAAAAGAGACGAAUAAGACAGAAAACAUGAAAAAGUAAAAAGAAAUGAACACUAUUCACCUGCGAGCCAACCAAGGGCUAGUCAGGCACAAGGCUAUGUUUACUUAUGUAGUGCAUAGCAAAGAGGAUUGUAGUUCUUAAAAACUGAAGAAAUGUAAUCUGUCUAAUUUGGUAGAGGAAAGAGAGAUAGAAAAGGCGCAUGAGAAAAGGGAGAAGGUAGUCUGGAUUUAUUAGUAAGAGACUUAGGCUAGCCCACACACACCACAGAGCUUUUUGCCGGCUUGAAAAGCAUACCGGCUAUGGCUUCUGUUCUGUUAAGAACGAUGAUUUCGGAGCGAUGUCUCUUAACUGAGCGAAGCUGCACCGCGCCGAUCUCGAAAGUAGAGACUGACUCACAUAUCAGAUAGGUGUUCAUGAUUUACCGAAUAGUCGCGUCGGCACGAAAUGCUACCCCUUAUAGUGUGAAGAUAGCUGUAGUGUGAAUGAGUUACCAUAUAUAGAUCGUUUUCACUGUCACGCAACAAAAAAUAAAUUGUCAACCUUCCAGUAGAAGAAAAGAAAAUGAAAUGUUAUAAAAGACUAGUAUAUAAACAAUUUGUCCAAGUCUCAGGUCUUUGUAGCCCACAGUUUCAGUUUUCACGUUCCUUUGUAGAGCUUAGUACGGAGACGCCAUAUUGGUGUACCGUUUUGGUGCACCAAUAUGGCCGCCGGAAAUCAACAAAACAUCUAGAGUUCACUUUUUUUCUAUAAAAGCUCUUCCUUUUUACUCGAGAACUAGCAUACGUGCACAUAAACGUAUGUUCUAAUUCUUGAAAUGGUUAUACUGCUGAAAAUCAAGAGAACAGACUUUUUUUCAAUGAGACAGCUUUCCAAUUUUGGUGUCACACACUGUGAAAACUCGGAAGUUCAAAUUGCUGUAUUUUCGAAAUGAAACAUGCUACGGGACUAGAAACUUCAACCUAGUGUAAAUAAGAAUGCGUAAAACCUCGCUAUUUUGACUUUACAAUUUGAUGAUGUCACUGUGAAAACCAUCUAUAGGUAAUCAAAAGGUGACGCCUUGCGUGAUCUUACCUUUACCUUAAAAUAUAUUAACUCUCUCUCCCUUUCUCUUCCCCCCUCUCUCCAAUUUCCAACGCUCGUCCCUUAUUCUUCAUUAGUGAUUAAUAGUUAACGGUCGCGUUUUGUUUUCUAUGUUUUUUCAUUCGUUUAGCUUCUGGUCCGAAACAGUGUUUUUAUGUCUGGGAACUAAUGCGACCAGCUGCUCGCGCUCAAAGAGUCGGAGGACCCAGAUUUGCGCCACUGAUUCAUUUUCACUCGGUACUUCUCACUGUGGUGCUGCAGUGGGUAAAUAUCAGGAUAGCAAAGGAAAUAUCGUGGAUAACUUUAUUCGGGGAUGCAUUAACUGUGCUGGUAGGAAAAUAAUUUUACCCUUUGCCCAGAAUGAUUGUUGUUACGCUAAUUAUUCUGAUUAAUUCGAGACUUGAAACUCGUUAAUUAAAAUAAGUUCGCAUAUUGAGAAUGGCUUUACAACGGCGCUGAAACAGACUUUUUUACACUCAUUUUUUACCCGACAGAUGAUGUGAGAAUAUUUCAAUAUUGGCAAUGCAAUAGACAAAACAUGUUUUUUUGGACAGGAAUUAUAUUUACAGUUGACUCUCUCUUAACAAAUUUUAAACUUAAAACAUUAUGUUUUGCAAAUAUAAUUCAUUACUUUAUUUUUGUUUUCUUUCUUUAUUUUUUCUAUCACUUUUCCUGCCGUAAGGAUCAGUUUACUGUUUUAAGUUUAAAAUUUGGUACUCAAAGAUUUUACUGAUCCAUGUCAAGAGCCAUAAUAGGACAGAGAGGCAGUCUAAGGGCGUUGGCUGGGAUAUCUUAAUUUCAAAAAAGUGAAUUUUUAGAACUAUGCGGACCACGCGGAAACAGUUUCCGGUAAACUGUUUGACUUCCGGAAGACUCGCUUUCACGAUUCAGCGCCCUCUCUGUCCUAUUAUGGCUCUUGUCCAGGUCUACUAAAGAUCAGGCUGACCCUCACUAGUUUGGGGUUGUGGUUUUUCUCUCACGAGUGUUUCUCUCUUAACAGAUACACCUAUGGCAUCGCUGUAAAACGGACACCUAGAGUUGGUCCCUACCUUUCUUUACUCCCUUUAAUUGACUCUCUAUAAGACGGACAUCUCUCAAAAAGUUGCUUAUUUUCCACUAACGCGUUUUCGCCUACGCACGUUAACGCACGUAAAUUUUAAUCCAUGACGUGAAUAAUAUAGAGCAAGAUAAAAUGUGCUGAGCUUAAACGAGAAGUUGAGCGAGGUUCAACCUUUUGCGCUUACGAGCGACCUUCCAUACAUUGUCUCUAUUUUAUUCACCCGCGUAAAAUUUACGUGCGUACGUACGGAAAAAUUACGCGACAGUGGAAAUCCAAGCUAAGACGGACACUAAGUGUCCGCCUUAGAAAGAGUUGACUGUAGCUAAUUAAUUAAGGUUAGGAGACAGGAGGUUCUCAGCUAAAACGAAUAUAAAAAGUUUUUUGUUAUUAUUCCCUUUUAAUAAAUUCAACAGAAGUCUACUUUUUUUUUUUCGUUUUUGACCGAUGAUUACAGAUAAGAAAGCGGCUUGUGCGGCUGUGGGUGGUUUUCUCAAGGGAGACAGAAGGCAAAGUUUGA